UGAUGUUCCGACCGUCAUUCAAGAUGAAGUUNCCCGAUAUGCCAUACUAUAGACUCAACUACAUUCUCUUGUCAUCGAUUGGACUCUGGCCAUACACUAAUUCCAGCAUUAAUCAGAUACAAUUCACGUUGUCAAUACUGAUAUAUAUCUCGUUUAUAUCUGUCCAGUUGAUAAAGUUAUUUAGUUCAGAGUUUAAUCUCGACCUUUUAUUGGGAGUGUCAUCUAUUUGCCUCACUGUUGUAAUGUUCGCUGUUAAAUAUGUUGCUUUUUAUGCUGUUAUGCAAAAUAUUAUUAAACUGCCAAAACUUCUGCGAAGCAACUGGAGCAUUUUAAUAGACGAUCAAGAAAUGGAUAUAUUGCAUAAAUAUAGUAACACAAGCAAACUAUUUACGAUACUUAUAGCAACGAUGCACAUUAAUAUCGGAUUGCUGGUUGCAGCAACCACCGGAGUAGCUACUGAAACGUUCGCAUUAGGAUACGCGUUACAUAGUUUUGGAAUGUUUAAGAUUGCUAGAUACCGUAUGCAACGUAUACUAGAUGAAAAUUCAACAAAGAUAUAUGAAAGUUUUAGACACAGUAAGUGUCACGGUAAAAUAAUUGAUGCGGUCAAUGUUCACAGAAGAGCGAUCGAAUUUUCAAACUUGUUAGUAGUGUGUUUCGGGCGAUCGUAUUUGGCCAUAUUUACGAUUGGUUUAUCUGCGGCGACCUGCAAUCUUUUCUACGAGUUUAUGAAUUGCGACUAUAGUGUCUAUCGAGCAAUAUGCAACACACCAUGGUACAAUGCGCCAGUAAAAACGCAAAAAUUAAUAUUUUUCCUGAUACAAAAAACCACGAAAACGUACAAAGUCGAUGCCGGCGGUUUGUUCAGUCCUGGCUUGGAAGGUCUCGCCUCGAAACAUGCCAACACAGGAAAACUAUUUACGAUACUUGUUGCAAUAAUAUUCUACACUUUCAUAUUCGUGUUCAUUACGGUACAAAGUUCGCCGAAAAUCCUCGACGCAAUCAUUCCCUUGAACAAGUCGCGUCCUGUACGUCUGUUGGGCGUAGCCGUGUUGUUCUUCGAUCAGGAAAAGUACUUCUAUCCGAUAAUGGUUCACAUGAUGGUGGCGCUUUCUCUGGAAACAACCACGAUACUGGGCACGGAAUUGUUUUGCGCGAUAUGCUUACAGCACGUUAGCGGAUUGUUCCAAAUCGCCAGACUUCGCAUAGAACACGCGUUUGACUGCGAACUGCGCAUUUCCAUCUCGGAAAAGAGCAAGAUAUAUCACGCCAACUUAGUCAAAGCGAUAGUCAUUCAAAACAAGGCCCUCGGAUUGUGCAAUUUGUUCAACGACUGCUUUGAAAUGUGUUAUUUUUUCUUGCUGAUAAUGGGCAUAUGUUCCCUGAGCAUCAACCUGCUUCGUUUUUCUCAAGCAGGAUACGAAAAGAAUUUGGAAGAGUUUUUCUUGGUCGGAAUGUUGGUUAUCGCUCACUUCGUUUACAUGUUUUUUAGCAAUCUCGCGUCGCAAUUAAUAACAAACAGCAGCUUUGACAUAUAUGAUGAAAUAUGCCAAUUGUCGUGGUAUUCUGUCCCUCUACAAUUGCAAAAAACGAUCGCUAUUAUGAUGCAACGAAACGCGAAAGGUUAUAAAUUUCAAAUAUUGGGUGUGAUCGAGGGCUCGCUCGAAUUCUUUGCUUCGAUCAUGAACGUCUCUUUGUCUUAUUUCACGGUUCUUUGGUCGGUGCAACAUCCUUAAUCAAUGUGCACAAUACGACGCUUUUCUCCAAUCAGCUCUGGCAAUCAAACGACGAUGUAACCAACAACUUUAUUCUGUUCUUUUUAAGAUUCACUGUAGUACGUAUCCGAUGAU